AUGUCUAACAUAUCUGCCCGCGUUAGGAAUCGAUCAUUGUCCAUCCGUUCCAAGAAGGAUGGGUCCAACGGUGGGGAGAAGUCGGCGCCGAAGCACCGAUUUACUAUGGCAUCGCUCCGUGGCAUGCAACAACCAGACUUGUCGAAGAAACUGUACAAGCUCAUAAAGACGGAGAACCAUGCUAUUGGUGCAUAUGAGUCGGCCGGACGCGAGCGCAUAGCCAUCGCCCAGCAGCUCUCCGAGUGGGGCGAAGCUACGAACGAUGAUGGCAUCUCGGAGGUUUCGGACAAGUUGGGGGUGUUGAUGGCAGAGAUCGCCGAGCAGGAGGACUCAUACGCCCGAUCAUUGGAAGAGUACCGAGGCGUUUUGAAGCAGAUCCGGAAUACGGAGAGCUCGGUUCAGCCCAGUCGCGACCACAAGGCAAAGGUGGCGGAUGAAAUCGCUAAGCUGAAGUACAAAGAGCCACAGAGCACUAAGAUUAUCCAGCUUGAGCAGGAGCUCGUCCGCGCCGAAGCUCAGAGUUUGGUUGCAGAGGCACAAUUGACGAAUAUCACUCGCCAAAAGUUCAAGGAAGCCUACGACAUCCAUUUCGCGGCCACGAUCGAGCGCGCCGAGAAACAGAUUAUCUUGGCUAAGCAGGCUCGUCGCAUUGUCAAUCUUCUUGAUGACACGCCCAUCGUCCCAGGAGACACCCAUCCGGAGUUUGCGAACGGCGAGUAUGCCCGCCAAAUCCUCAAUGACGCCGAAGAUGGGCUCCGAAACUGGCAGCCCAACAUUGAACCGAUUCACUCUACUGCUGGAGGUCUAGGAGUCGGAGCGAUGCCUGGUGCUGAACCUGCCUACGGAAGCGAAAUCGGGCAAGAAGCCGACCACCCUGCGUAUAUGGAAAAGACGUCGCGCAGUAGAAGUCACAGUGGUGACCGACAUGCCGCUAGUGACGGUCCGUUGGGACCCCGUGAGGGUGGUGAGGUGCAACCUCAGUACACCGAGGCCGAGAGGCGGGAGGUUGCUCAAGCAGGUGUCAUCUAG